AUGGAUGAAGAGCUGAACGAGACGAACAUGACGGUCAGCGGCGUGGGUGGAGGCGAUCCUAUUAGUGCUAAAGGGGUGGCUUCCAUGGAGUUGACCGUGGGGAGCAAGACAUUAGCAACAGUCUUCGAGGUGCAAGCCGCCCGCGGCGCACGGCGGCCGGGCCGCACGCCAGGCGCGAAGGCCGUUGCCCUGCCCGGAGGCCUUUGCCCCGCGCCUGAGGGCAGCCGCCCGCGGCGCACGGCGGCCGGUCCGCACGCCGGGCGCGGAGGCCGGUGCCCCGGCACUGAGGGCAGCCGCCCGCAGCGCACGGCGGCCCUGGAAGCCAGGGCAGCGCGGGAGCUUCGUGUUCGGGAGCGGGCCGGCGCCGCCGCAUCGUCGACCAUCGCCGAGUGGGGUCUCGUCUGCGGCGAGCGCGACAGGAUCAUUCCGGAAGGUCGUGUCCUGGCCUUCCCGACAAUCUGCUGCGUUCCGAGGCCCUCGCCGUCGGCCGCACGCUCGCCAUUGCCCACGGACCCGCACGCCCCGUCGCCGGACUCCCGCUACCGUGCCAAAUCCCCUACUCGCACGUCAGGCUUGGUUUGCACUGAGCUUGAGUCUGCCGGCGUGCGCCGCGCGUUGGAGCCCGGACGCCGUGCGCCUCGCCCGCGCAGGCCUCAGGGGCGAGGCAAACGGCCUCCGCGCGGCGUGCGCCCGGCCACCGUGCGCCGUCAAACGGGCUCCGCGCCCGGCGUGUGGCCCGGCCACCGUGCGCCGCCGCCGGCGAGCUGGGGGAUUCGCCGAGGACGCGCGGCACGAGCGCCGGAAGGGGCUACGCGGCCAGCAUGCGGCGCGACCUGCGUGGCUGGGGGAUUCGCCGAGAACAAUUGCAACGAAGAAGAAGAAAUGACGUGGCAAACCUACUGCAGCGCCUCUUGCAUCCGAGCUGGAGGCCUUGAGCCUUAUGAUUCCAUGCAGAUCCUUGCCCUACGUGCUGUUCCCAGAUCUUUGAUCCACAGAGAAAAGGACAGAAACAUUACAUCGAGGAUCUAUGCGACCAAGAGACUUCUAAGAAACCACAUAUCUGCUGCAGAAGCUGUCGCUGGAUUCGCAGCCCAAGGCGGCGGAUGCAACAGAGCCUGCCCGUACCAAGAAGCAGGGUGCUGCAGCUAGCCAGCCACUGAGCGUGUCGAUCCUGCCGGAGCGAUCCAUUACGCCAGUGCUUCAAGACUUUAUGGAUCCCAACCUGUUCUAUUGCCACUUUGCCAGUGUAUUAAUAUGGAGGCUACGAUGGUUCCAUGAGCGAGUGGGAUGAUUAUCCUAGAUAUCUAAAUCCAGAUGGAGUGAAGAUUGCCCCAGUGGUAGCUGUACUAUCGACUCUAUUGUUGGACAUGUAGUAAGCAGAAAUCUAUUCACCCUCCAUUUCAGUGCUGGAAGAAGAGGGGAGGGGAGGUGCCGGUGGGAAGGGGGAAGAAGGCGUGGUUGCAAAGGGAGAGGAGAGGAAUGAUCACUUGCAAACAAAAACCAGUGCAACGACAUGAAUGCAAUAUACGUAGAACCAUUUUAUUUAAUUCAGAGAGACAAUAUUUGUUUUUUCUAUAUGUACUGUUGAUAGAAUGUUAAAAUUAGAGAAAAUCGUUGGUUUUAAAAUUAUGAUCACUUGUUUUAUUUAAUUCAGAAAGAAAUUCAUUCAUAAACAAAAUUUUAAAUUAUAAGAAAAUAAUUGGUUUUUAAAAUUUUAAA